UGUGACGAUCAUCUUUCUCCCUAAAUCCGCAGCUAUGAGCGUGUCCAACAGCAAGUGCGAGAGAGAAAAGUGAUUGACGAGUACAGAUGCUGCUUCGAUCGGUCGGCUGGACAAGCUUCUUCUUCGACAUGAUGCCUAACUUGUCGAAUCUUGAGCCUCACCACCUCAGAAUCUACUACGCCGAAACGAUCUCCUCGGCCGUCUCCGUCUUCCCUAUAUCUUGACGCAGUGUUUGCGGCAGAGAUCCCCACCGCCUCUUUCCCUUUCUCCUGAGUGGUUUCGACAUGGCACCUCGAGUCAACAAAGAAGAACAGGAGUUCGUUCCUCUGCAAUACACCCUCAAGGAGAUCCGUGACCAUAUUCCGGCCAAGUUCUUCGAGCGCAAGACGGGACUCGCUUUCUCAUAUCUCGCCCGGGACAUUGUCGUCGCGGGGACUUUCUUCUAUCUCGCGACCCACAUCGACACCACGCUCAAGUCGUACCUCGUCAAUGCCGGCGCGACUCCGCUUGCUCUGACUGCGGCCAACUGGGCCGCCUGGUUGACCUACUGGUGGUUCCAGGGUCUCAUGCUUACCGGCAUUUGGGUCAUCGGUCACGAGUGUGGACACGGCGCGUUCUCCGCGAGCCGUGGCAUCUCGGAUCUCGUUGGGUUCAUCACGCACACAUUCCUUCUCACGCCGUACUUCAGCUGGCGCUACGUCCACCACCGCCACCACUCGCACCACGCGUCGAUCGAGAACGACGAGGUGUACGUCCCGCACACGCGGACAGACCUGAAACUGCCCGAGCAGAGCGAGGGACUCGAGCUGGAGGAGCUCUUCGGCGACACCCCGCUGUACACACUCACGAUGCUGCUCAUCCAAGAGUUCAUCGCGUUCCCGGCCUACCUGCUGUUCAACGUGUCUGGACAGAAGCGGUACCCGAAGUACUCCAACCACUUUAACCCCAACGCGAUCAUGUUCAACAAGGGACAGGGCGCCUACGUCAUGCUCUCCACGCUCGGACUCGCGGCAAUGGGUGUGUUCCUGUACGAUCUCUCAGUCCGCUUCGGCGCGAUGAACGUCGUCAAAUUCUACUGGGUCCCCUGGCUGCUGGUCACGCACUGGUUCAUCAUGAUCACCUACCUGCACCACACGGACCCGAUUCUCCCGCACUACCGCAAGGGCCAGUGGAACUUCCAGCGCGGGGCCGCGGCUACCGUGGACCGGGACUUCCUCGGCUGGCAGGGUCGCUUCUUCCUCCAUGAUGUCGCGCACUAUCACGUCAUCCAUCACUUCUUCCCCAUGAUGCCGUGGUACAGCGGAGCCGAGGCGACCAAGUACCUCAAGGAGAUCGUCGGCCCGCACUACCACCGGUCGAAUGACUACGUCUUCAAGGCCCUGUGGUACAACUACAACUUUUGCCAGUUCAUCGAGGAUGAAGGUGAUAUUGCAUUCUACCGCAACCGGCAGGGCAAAUCGGCGUUUGACAUUCCGAAGCUCAAGGCCAAUGUGCUGGGCAGCUAGAUGGCGCGCAUCUAAGGGAAACUCCGACAACUUGAGCGAAAUCACUUGUGAUUUGAUUCCUUGUGCGCUGAAGGCUUCAUGGCAAGAGUGAUGUAUUUCGUUGUUGUAAUGUAUAGAAAAUUUGAGAAUUCGAGUGACUUGUUACUAUGCAGAAUUCCUUUUAUC